AUGGGCGGCGGUGGCAAAAUCCCAUACCCCAAGCACGUCUGGUCACCGGCUGGUGGCUGGUACGCUCAGCCCGCCAACUGGCGCAUGAACACUAUCAUCGCAGGCGCCACCAUGUUUUCCAUCGUGGCUGUGGCGUGGAACUUUAGCGCUGGCAGGGAAACCUGGGCGCGCAAACCUGAGGAUGGAUGGUACCCGAGCCGGUACAGCUGGUCGAAAGAUUUGCAGAAGUACGACGCCCAGGACCGAGCGGCUGAAGCGAAGAAGCAAUAG